AUGACUCCUAGGUACUCAAUGGAAAAGAAAGCACUCCUAGCCCAAUCCAUUAAGACAGAAGUGGCCACAUGGUUGAUGACCUCUGUUGUAACAUCACCACACCCUCAAAAUGAGAAAGAUGUUUCACAACUGCAGUCGCCUUUCUCAACGCAACCCAGAAAACUCAAUUUACCUUUAACCACAGCCAACAACAGCACACCCUCGAAUCUCUAUAAUGCCUUGCAAUAG